ACAACUUUGAGGCUUAAUAUUUAAACAUGGCGUAUGGGCAAAAGGUUGAUGAAUAUGAAGUGGUUGACGUAGGAAGGUGAAGGGCGGGUGAGUGUAUCAUGAGUGGAUUGCUGUCCUAUAUAAGCCAUUAAGAGUACAGUCUCGAACACUUAGCAUUUCCAAAACUCCGUCAAACGUUUGGCCAAAAAGAGAGAGAAAAAAACACUUCAAAGAGAUUCCAAUUCCAAUUCUAAGCUCCUUUAAUGGACUCCAAAACUCUUCUCUGUUUCUCUAUCCUCUGUUUCUCGCUCCUCCCAGAAUUAUCUGGGGUGGUAAGGGUUUCUGCUGGUCGAGUUAGCCACCGUCAUCGCCACCGCGAACGGCGGAGUAGCCAGAGUCUUGGAGGAGGGGAGCUAUGGAAUUCGAAUCCUAGAAAGCUAUUUGUGUUUGGGGAUUCUUACGUGGACACCGGGAACAACCGGAAACCGGCGGCCAAAUCUUGGCAGUAUCCUUAUGGAGUUACUUUUCCCGGCAAACCCACCGGGCGUUUCUCCGAUGGCCGUGUUUUGACUGAUUACCUAGCGAAGUAUCUGAAGGUGAAGUCUCCGAUACCGUACAAAUGGCGGAAAGUUGGGUACGGACAGUUGAAAUACGGGAUGAACUUCGCGUACGGCGGGACCGGCGUGUUCAAUACGUUUGUAAUGAGCCCUAACAUGAGCACUCAGAUCGACUUCUUCCAGCAGCUAAUCGGCGAGUCGACGUUCACCAGCCAAGAUUUGCAGUCCUCUGUGGCGCUCGUCUCCCUUGCAGGCAACGAUUAUAGCGUCUACCAAGCCACUGAUGGCUCUGCUCAGGGUUGGCAGCCAUUUAUAACGAAAGUGGUGAACCAGCUAGAGGUGAACCUGAGGCGCAUCCAUGGGGUGGGGGUCCCAAAGAUAGUGGUGACGGCUCUUGAGCCACUGGGCUGCCUUCCUAGCAGCACAGUUGCUUCCUCCUUCCAACAGUGUAAUGCAACUGAGAAUCAGCUCGUCAACUUCCAUAAUAUGCUAUUGCAGCAAUCUGUGGCAAAACUCAACAGUGAAGUCAAAGAUGCUUCUGCUUCCACUUUCAUCCUUCUUGAUCUUUAUUCCUCUUUCAUGGCUGCUCUCAACAACAAAGGAGACCAUCUUGGAAAUGUGAAGUUUGAGAAUCCAUUGAAGCCAUGUUGCGUGGGAGUAAGCAGCGAGUAUUCAUGUGGGAGUAUGGGUUCGAAUGGGGAGAAGAAGUACACGAUUUGUGACGAUCCAGGAGCUGCAUUCUUCUGGGACGAAGUGCAUCCUACUCAGCAUGGCUGGUUCGCUGUGUACUCUGCAUUGCAAGCCAAUCUAAAACAGUUUUAAGAGAUCAGAUAAGUUUACCUCCCAAUCUAAAACAGUUUUAAGAGAUCAGAUAAGUUUACCUCCCAAUUUGACAAGACAUUUCAUUCAUUCAAUGAACAUCUAUCAUGUAACUUUUCAAAUAAUAUUUGGCAUAGUCUCUUUGCCUGUGUUCUCUGAUUUGCUUGUAUGUACUCUGUUCUGCCUUUC